CUGCUGCCGUCACCUCAUGGCGACGCGGUUAGAGGAGGCAGCGCGGGGAAGAGGCGGAGGCGCCGAGGAGGCUAUUGAGGCCGGACGGGGCGGACGGCGACGUAGCCCGCGGCAGAAGGAAGCAGAAAUGAAUUGAGUUGUUUUAAAACACUGAAGAAAUGAAAAGAAAAAUGAUUGUUUUGUCAUUAUUUGGUUACGUCUCGAAAUGAGAAAAAUUGGACAUGGGCUUUAUUGAUUCCUGAAUCUCUGUAUGAUUAACAUAAUGAGGAGAAAUUAGGGUUGGACAAGAAUACGAGGAUUGAACCCAGGGCUGUGUACAUGCUAGGCAAGCACUCUGCCACUGAGUUUGAAAUUAGCACAAUGGAAGAAACUGGAAUUUGUGGGCUAGGGGUGAAAGCUGAUAUGUUGUGUAACUCUCAAUCAAAUGAUAUUCUUCAACAUCAAGACUCCAAAUGUGGUGGCACAAGUAACAAGCAUUCACUGGAAGAGGAUGAAGGUAGCAGUGAUUUUAUAACAAAGAACAGGAAUUUGGUGAGCUCAGCCUACCGGGCCCAGGAGUCAAGAGAGGAAAUUCCUGGACGAGAAGCUCGAACAGAUCCCCCUGAUGGUCAGCAAGAUUCAGAGUGCACCAGGAACAAAGAAAAAACCUUAGGAAAAGAAGUUUUAUUACUGAUGCAAGCCCUAAACACCCUUUCAACCCCAGAGGAGAAGCUGGCAGCUCUCUGUAAGAAAUAUGCUGAUCUUCUGGAGGAAAGCAGGAAUGUUCAGAAGCAAAUGAAGAUUCUGCAGAAGAAGCAAGCCCAGAUCGUGAAAGAGAAAGUUCACCUGCAGAGUGAACACAGCAAAGCUAUCUUGGCAAGAAGCAAACUGGAGUCUCUUUGCAGGGAACUUCAGCGUCACAAUAAGACCUUAAAGGAGGAAAAUAUGCAGCAGGCACGAGAGGAAGAAGAACGACGUAAAGAAGCAACGGCACAUUUCCAGAUUACUUUAAAUGAAAUCCAGGCCCAGCUGGAACAACAUGACAUACACAAUGCCAAACUCCGCCAGGAGAACAUCGAACUGGGAGAGAAGCUGAAGAAGCUCAUUGAGCAGUACGCAUUGAGGGAAGAGCAUAUUGAUAAAGUAUUCAAACAUAAGGAACUGCAACAACAGCUUGUGGACGCCAAACUGCAGCAAACAACACAGCUGAUAAAAGAAGCUGAUGAAAAGCAUCAGAGAGAGAGAGAGUUUUUAUUAAAAGAAGCAACAGAAUCGAGGCACAAAUACGAACAAAUGAAACAGCAAGAAGUACAACUGAAACAGCAGCUUUCUCUUUAUAUGGAUAAGUUUGAAGAAUUCCAGACUACUAUGGCAAAAAGCAAUGAACUGUUUACAACCUUCAGACAGGAAAUGGAAAAGAUGACAAAGAAAAUUAAAAAACUGGAAAAAGAAACAAUAAUAUGGCGUACCAAAUGGGAAAACAAUAAUAAAGCACUUCUGCAAAUGGCUGAAGAGAAAACUGUCCGUGAUAAAGAGUACAAGGCCUUUCAAAUAAAACUGGAACGCUUAGAGAAGCUGUGUAGGGCUCUUCAGACAGAAAGGAAUGAGCUUAAUGAGAAGGUGGAAGUCCUGAAAGAGCAGGUCUCUGUCAGAGCUGCAGACGGGGACUUGGUACCACCUGUGCUGCAGCCUUGUACCACCCUCGAUUCUCACCAGGAGCCAAACACUUCCUCAAGAGUGCGCCUGGAAGUGGAGGCCAAGGCGGCAAGUGAGAGAAGCGCCACACAAAAGCUCUCUUCCCCAGGCUCUGCUCCAGGCAUUGAGUCAGUUGACUAAAGUGAAGUGUGAUUACUGUAUUGAGAGAUAUAUUUUGUGUAUAACUUUCUCUGUUAGUAGUAACUAUUGGUUUUGUGGUGAAAAUUUUCUUACUUUUUCUACCAUAUCUGUAUUUUCUUAGAACUACUGGACUUAUGUGGUACAGGAGCUGCUUAGCAGUUUUGAAUAGUUUUAUUCUAUAAAUUUCCCUCAGCUGUGUUGCACAUCUGCCUCAUUUUCCCCCUUCAUUGGAAUGCAUGUGUUCAUUGCCUUGUCCUUUCUCUUCCCUGCUUCUUGCACAUAAUUUUUCUAAUUAAAAUUUCACUCAAGACGGGGCCAACCAUUACAAAGGAACUCCAUUUGGAUAAUGGUUCCUUGAUGUGAAGACAAUAUUCAUUUAAACAUCUUGGCUCCCAUUAAUGCUACUAAAAAAUAUCAAGAUGAUUAGUUUUGUCUAAUAGCCCAUUUAAAUGCCAAGUGAAAAAAUAAAUCACUAGUGUUGGGUCAGAAAUAAGCAUAGCAUAUUUGAUUGAGAUUAGCUUUUUGAUAAUAUUUAUAUCAUUUGACAAACUGAGAUGGCCAUGAGCCUUUACUUCUAGGUUUUGGCAGAAUAUGUACAUAGAGAUGUCAUUUGUGAACAAAGUAGAAUAUGUAGGCAAAGCAUCGGACAAACAGGUUUAAUGUAUACGUGACUAAAGUCAUACUGCUUUGAUUUCAGGGUAGAACCCACAUGUGGAAUUUGAACCACUUGGUGCUCACUAUAGAGCAUGGUGGUUUAUAUUCGAUUUGGGAUUUAGGUACAUAUUCUCCACUUCUUCAGGAAGCCAAUUAUUUGAAAACUGCUGGUCACGUUUACAGGCCCUUAUUGAUCUAAGACAAGGAGGGUAAAUUAACGUGGUCUUUUCACUACGCAAAAGUUCAUUCACUACCUUCUGGCUAUGUGAAAGUUGGUGUUCAGUUUUAUAGGAGUCCCACCAGCAAGGUACUCUAUCUAGGUCUUCUUAAAAGACAAUUUAAACAAUGGAUAGCAGUAACUAACACCAUUUCUAUUUCUAAAACAAACACUGGAACCAGCAUUUUUACCUUGGGAAAACUUGGCAGAGUGUUACAUAGUCAGGACUGUAACUUAUGCUUCCCCUCAUUUCUUGUUCCUUUCUUUGUUACUGUCAUUUUUUUCCCAAAGAAAAAAACACAGUAUUAAAAUAUCUACACUUGGAAUGGGGGAAAUUUUGAAAUUAAGCACAUAACUUUUGCUUUAGUUCUUUAACUUCCUUUUGUUUUCUUCAAUGUUGAAUGUGGUUCAGUUAUGCAAAUGACUAAUCAGGCUGCACUGAAGCAAGUCUUGACUGGUGUAAUUUGCAUUGAAAUACUUUAUGAAAUAAAAAGGUUCUACUAGAACUGCUGUUAGCACAUUCCACUGAGUGAAACUAUCAAACUGACACUUGUUAAAUUGCUUACUGGACUGAAUAAACUCCGUUUUGUCCAGUUAAAAGGGUUUUCUCUUUGUUAAAAGUUUUACUUGUAAAGUCCUGUCACAUUCGUGGUCUAAACUGGGUUGAAAGAAUUGAAAUUGUUCAACAGAUACGAAACGGUGCCUGGAGUAGAGAAUUACAUAUAAGCUUCUACCAUCAAUUAUGCUAAUCAAGGGGCCAUAUAGUAGAAGAAACCCACCAAGUAGGUUAUCUAUAAUUACUCUGGUCAAAAUGAGUUUGAAGUACAAAUAACACCCUACAACAGCCUUUUAUAAAUACCCCCUUCAGCUACUAAGUGAAAUACUGGACUCAUUCCCCUACCCCCAGGGGAAAUGAAGACAUAUAUCAGAAAUAUAAUCUAUCUUAAAAUUAGUACUAACAAUCACAUUUCACAAGAACUCCGCUGGAUGUACAGCUCUUAACAUUUUACCAAGCCAUGUGUGUAACCCACCACGUUUCUUUGUGGUGCUUGUCCUGUGUGGAAGACUGUAAAUCUUGGACCUGUUGCAUAUCUUCAAGGGCUUCAUAAAGCAAUGUGAUUAACAGUACUUGGCCUGCUGCUUUUGGCUUACAUGUAUUUAGCUAGAUGCUAUCAUUAUGUUUAAAGGAUUUGGAUUCUGUCUGGGAUGCAUUCAGAAUCUUUCCAUUACCCUGUGAAUAAAAACAAAUGGGGCCCUCUAAGGACACCCUCCCCUAAAGUGAUCACCUCACCAGCCCAGUGUUGUGGCUUUGUAGCACGCCCUGUAUCUAUCAUAUUCUAGAACACUGUAAUGCUACUAGGCUGGCCGGGAAAAGGUUUAACUGUUGAAUUCAUUUAAAUUGCAUUUGUUGCACCAUCAUGGAAUCUUGAUGUAUAUUAUUUAUAGUGGCAGUAGACCCCAAGGUGUAGCGAAAACUUGGGUCUUGGAUAAUGGACCAUUUCAUCCUCAGACUUGUAGGAAUACAUUUCUUGGUCUUGAGACCAGUAUUUUAGUUAUGUAUGCAACUGCCUUUAUUACACCUGGUUAUCACAAUUCAAUUCUCAGGUGUUGCAGAAAAAUCUACCUCUUUCAGACUGUAGAUGGAAAUAACUGUGAAAAAAUGAUGCAGAUAUCUUCUAGUUUGUGCUAAACACACUGCUUUAUUUUUACAGCCCACGUCUUUCAUGAGGAUACGAAUUGUUAAGAGGCAGUCUUGUUUUGCUUUUCAAAGACAUUUUGUAGAGAUUUUUCACUAAUGUGAAUCUGAUUUUAUCUACUCGAUUCUGUAUAGAUUAAGUAAAUAUGUAUGAUAAAU